AUGGCUGACUUGUCAGAGAUAAUGACGGCGAAUCCUGCAAAAUAUCAAGAGGAACUCAUCAAACGUCUCGAUGCCCUGAAGAGAAAAGAAACCUUCUGCGAUGUGACUGUUGCAGUAAAGGGCAAAGAAUUCAAAGCUCACAAAGUUGUGCUAGCUGCAGCCAGCCCGUUUUUCCUUUCACUUUGGGAAAGCAACAUGGUAGAAAGCAAUGAACAACGAAUCGAAAUCAAGCUUGAAGAGGCUACUGCUUCUGUCUUCGAAGACGUGCUGCAGUUUAUCUACACUGGAAAUGUUUCUGUGACCGAAGAAAGUUGCCACAAGUUGAUUGCCACGGCUGAUUAUCUUCUUUUACCGGGGUUAAAAACAUUGGCUUGUCGUUUCAUGCGAGACGAGUUGACGGUUCAAAACUGUGUUUUCACCUAUUAUUUUGCUGAAAAGUAUCAGUGUGAACAGCUUAAAUUGGCAUGUUGCGAGGAGAUUUGUUCAAAUUUCACUGACGUUAUGGAAACAGAAGAUUUUUUGAACCUUGACGUGAAACAAGUCAUGGAAUGGGUAUCUCGAGAUGACAUCAAGGUUGAUGCUGAGGAAGAAGUAUUUAUGGGAAUUGUCAAGUGGGUCUCUCAUAACAAACCUGAAAGGCAAGCCAGUUUUUUUGGGUUGUUGCGCCAAGUGCACCUAAUUUCCAUAUCGAAAGCCUUUCUCCGCAAAACAUUAGUGCAGCAGGAGCCUGUAACUACAAGUAAUGUCUGCGUAAACUUUGUGUUGGAAUCUAUUAUUGACGAAAACACUAGUGUUUCCAAAGCACCAAGAAAAUGCCUUAUAUGA